UCGAAAUUGCAACAAACCUGAAAACACGCUUUCCUGCCUCAAAUUUUAUUUAUUCAAUCGAUAAAUGAUUUAAUUUUCAAUUAAAUUGUGAAAUCAUUCAUUAAACUUUAACAAUAUGCCCAAGGAACAGUUUCGUGAGGCUGACCUCAUAAAGAAAAUAUCACAUGUGCAGUUCAGCAUCAGCAGUCCCGAAGAAAUUCAACAGGAGUCUCAAUUGCGUAUUGUGUCCAAGAAUUUAUAUCAAGCUCAACGACAACCUGUUCCAUAUGGCGUUUUGGAUCGUCGCAUGGGUGUUAGCAGCAAAGAUUCCACUUGUGAGACUUGUGGACAAGGCCUGAAUGAGUGCAUAGGGCAUUUUGGUUAUUUGGAUCUCUCAUUGCCCGUAUUUCACAUAGGACAUUUCCGUUCCACCAUUAAUAUAUUGCAAAUGAUAUGUAAAUCGUGUUCACAUGUCAUGCUUAAAGAUGUUGACAAGAAAAUGUAUGAGAAAAAGCUAUUGAAUCCCAACUUCAGUUAUUUGGCCAAAAAGGCUUUGCAUGGACAAAUUUUGGCCAAAGCCAAGAAGUCUACAAAAUGUCCAAACUGUGAAGCCAUUAAUGGAGGAGUGAAAAAAGGACCGGGUCUAUUGAAAAUUCUUCAUGAUCCCUAUAAAGGCAAAAAGCAGGAAUCGUUAAUGUCUAAGGAUCUGGACGAUUUAUUGCAGGCCACCGAAAACAAUAGAGAAUUAAAUCAAAUGCUUGGCAGUUAUAAUCAUAUGGAAGAAUUGAAUCCACUUACAGUCUUGGAAUUAUUUAAGAGUAUACCAAAACCGGAUAUACCCUUGUUGGGUAUGACCUGUGAGGGAGCAAAUCCUGCUAAUCUGAUAGUGACUAGAGUUUUUGUGCCGCCAGUGUGCAUAAGACCCUCUGUGGUGUCCGAAGUCAAGGCGGGAACCACCGAAGAUGACUUGACCAUGAAACAAAGUGAAAUUCUGCUUAUUAACGAUGUCAUACAAAAACACAUGAGCGGCGGUGGUAAAAUUGAACUCAUUCAGGAAGAUUGGGAUUUCUUGCAAUUGCAUGUGGCCUUAUAUUUUCACAGUGAAAUUUCCGGCAUUCCUUUGAAUAUGGCCCCGAAAAAGACCACACGAGGGCUGGUGCAACGUCUAAAAGGCAAACAGGGCAGAUUUCGCGGUAAUCUCUCUGGAAAGCGUGUAGAUUUCUCAGGCCGUACUGUUAUCUCUCCCGAUCCUAAUUUGAUGAUACACCAAGUGGGGGUGCCUGAGAGAGUAGCUAAAAUACUAACUUAUCCCGAGAGAGUGAAUCCAGCCAAUAUACAAAAAAUGAAGGAUUUGGUUAAAAAUGGACCCAAUGUUCAUCCAGGUGCAAAUUAUGUUCAGCAGCGUGGUUCUACCUUUAAGAAAUACUUGGCCUAUGGCAAUCGUGAUAAGGUGGCGCAUGAUUUAAAAUGUGGAGACAUAGUAGAACGUCAUCUUUGUGAUGGCGAUAUUGUGCUCUUUAAUCGCCAACCUUCUUUGCAUAAAAUGUCCAUUAUGUGUCAUCAAGCCAAGGUACAGCCCCAAAGAACUUUCAGAUUCAAUGAGUGUGCCUGUACACCCUAUAAUGCUGAUUUUGAUGGUGAUGAAAUGAAUUUACAUUUACCCCAAACCGAAGAGGCCAGAGCUGAAGCCUUAAUAUUGAUGGGCAAUAAAUCCAAUUUGGUUACUCCAAAAAAUGGUGAAAUUCUUAUUGCGGCCACACAAGAUUUUAUAACAGGUGGCUAUUUGCUAACACAAAAGGAUGAAUUUCUAACCAGGGAACAGGCCAUGCAAUUGGCUGCUUGCUUUUUGGCAGGGCCCGAUGCAAAUAUGCAGAUUGAUAUGCCGCCACCAGCCAUCUUAAAGCCACGUAAAUUAUGGACAGGAAAACAGAUAUUCAGUCUACUGCUGAAACCCAAUAAACAAUGUCCAGUGAAAGUAAAUCUCAUAACCAAAGGAAGAAAUUACACCAGCAACUACGAUUUAUGUGUUAAGGAUUCAUGGGUUAUUGUAAGAAACUCCGAGUUAAUAUGUGGCUCUAUGGAUAAAAGCACUAUGGGGUCUGGCACAAAAAAUUGUAUUUUCUAUGUCAUAUUGAGAGACUUUGGCGAAACGUAUGCCACCAAAUGCAUGUGGCGUCUGGCAAGGAUUGCCUCAUAUUUCAUACAAAAUCGUGGUUUCUCUUUUGGCAUAAGUGAUGUUACACCCAGUGCUAAGCUUUUGGUAGAAAAACAACGUCUUCUAGAGAAAGGCUAUGCCAAAUGCGAUGAAUAUAUUUUGGAAAUGAAAAAGGGUACCUUGCAAUGCCAACCUGGUUGUACCCCCGAACAAACAUUGGAAGCUGUUAUGCUGCGAGAAUUGUCCGGUAUUCGAGAACAGGCAGCUAAGGCUUGUUUCCGUGAACUGCAUCCCACCAACAGUGCGUUGAUAAUGGCUCUGUCGGGUUCCAAAGGAUCCAACAUUAAUAUAUCACAAAUGAUUGCGUGUGUGGGGCAACAAGCUAUCAAUGGCAAACGUGUGCCAAAUGGUUUUGAAAAUCGAGCUUUGCCACAUUUUGAAAAGUUUUCUGCCAUUCCUGCUGCAAGAGGUUUUGUACAGAAUAGCUUCUUUUCUGGUCUAACACCCACCGAGUUCUUUUUCCAUACCAUGGCUGGUAGAGAAGGUCUGGUAGAUACAGCUGUAAAAACUGCCGAAACUGGUUAUCUACAGAGACGUUUAGUCAAGUGUUUGGAAGAUUUGGUGGUCCAUUAUGAUGGUUCGGUGCGCAACGCCAUUGGUGAAAUCGUUGAACUUAUCUACGGUGGCGAUGGCUUGGAUCCAGUUUUUAUGGAAAUAAAAAAUAAACCUGUGGAUAUGGUGCGACAGUUGAAUCAUUUAAGAGCUUGUUGGCCUUAUCGCGAGCAGGAGCCCUUGCCGGCCAAGAAAAUUGUGGAUACCACUAAAAAUAUACUAAAAGAAGAGGAGUUUACCAUGAGCCGGCAAGAUUUCCAAAAUGAAGUUGUCUCAUUCAUCGAAAAAGUUUCCGAGAAAAUAACCAAAGUUCAAGAAAAAUAUAGGGACCAUCCAAAACUGGGCAAUGAGAUUGAACGUUUAACCGAAGGUCAAAUACGUACCUUCAUGCGUUGGGUUAAUGACAAAUACAAUCGGGCAGUCACCGAACCUGGUACGGCAGUAGGUGCUGUGGCAGCUCAAAGUAUUGGCGAACCUGGCACACAAAUGACACUGAAAACUUUCCAUUUUGCUGGUGUAGCCUCCAUGAACAUUACCCAGGGUGUGCCACGUAUUGUGGAAAUCAUUAAUGCCACCAAGACCAUAUCGACUCCGGUUAUAACAGCUGAAAUAGUCAACAACACCAGCAUGGAGUAUGCCAGAAAAGUAAAAUCGCGCAUAGAAAAGACCACAUUAGGCGAAGUCUCAUCGUACAUUGAGGAAGUGUACAAACAGGACGAUUGUUAUCUGGUAAUACGUUUGGAUUUGAAUCGUAUCAAAGUUUUGGGCUUGGAGAUUAACUCGGAGACCAUUCGAUAUUCUAUAUGCACUUCCAAGUUACGCAUUAAACCUGCCCUGGUGGACAUUAUGGGUUCCUCAAUUAUCAUAGUACGCAUUGACAGUUCGAAGCAUGGUGCCGCCUUGAAUGCCGAACUUCAACGUUUAUCAUCGGCCAUACAAAAUGUUGUGGUAGCUGGUCUACCUCAUAUAUCAAGAGCUGUCAUAGCCAUUGAUGAUUCCCGCUUACCGGCCACCUAUAAAUUGUGUAUUGAAGGUGCUGGUCUAAGAGAUGUAAUGGCCACCUAUGGUGUGGUGGGUACCAAAACAAAAAGCAACAACAUUUGGGAGGUCUACAAUACGCUAGGCAUUGAGGCGGCUCGCACCACCAUAAUGACAGAAAUCACAGAUGUCAUGGAGGGCCAUGGCAUGAGUGUGGAUCAUCGUCAUAUAAUGCUGUUGGCCAGUCAGAUGACUUCGCGUGGUGAAGUUUUGGGCAUAACACGCCAUGGCUUGGCCAAAAUGCGAGAAAGUGUUUUUAAUUUGGCUUCGUUUGAGAAGACCUCAGAUCAUUUAUUCGAUGCGGCCUAUUUUGGACAAACCGAUGCAGUAGAUGGUGUUUCGGAACGUAUUAUUUUGGGAAUGCCUGCUGCCAUAGGCACUGGGCUUUUUAAAUUGGUGCACAAUCAUGAGAAUACCGAAUUGCCUGAAAUACAACCACCAAUUUUCUCUUCGGUGGCGGCGUAAUGAUAAGAAUGAUUGUUUUUUUUACUUCUUAGCACAAGCAAUGAAAAAAAAAAAAAAAUAAAUCACUUGGUUGGCUAAUUUCCCAUAA